UCAAAAUUUCAGCGGGUUUUCACAGGGUUUAACGCUCGAGCAAAUUGAAGUCUUUAACACUUAACUGUAAUAAUUUUAAGUCUAAUAGUUUUUUUUUCUACAGUCUUUGAGGUAUUGACCUCUUUUGUCGGUCAUGUCUUUCUCAAGAGCUCCAUUAAAGAGAUUUAACGAGCAUGUCGGCUGUGCUCCUCCACCUGGUACAUAUGAGGUGAAGUCUGGUGAGCUGAAAGGAGCUGUAUCAUUUCAUAAAGCAGAGCGCUUCAGAACAGCUUCAAAAACAGAGGUACCCUUGCCGUCCCCCUCAAAAGAAGUACCAGUGUCUCCAGUUCGGAGGACCAUGUCUGUUGAUGGUUUGGCUGAUGUAUUCAGUUCCAAAAAGGACAAAAAUAGUUUCACACUUGAGAUGAAACAUCAGAGACUACUAGAGAAAGAGAUCCGUUCUUUGGUGCAGCAGAGAGGAGAGCAGGACCGCAGGCUGCUGACCCUGGAAGAAGAGCUGAAAAAGUUGGAGUCUAAAUUGCUUGUGGCUGUCAGAGAGAAGACUGGCCUCGCUGCCAAUGUGGCUUCUCUCGAGAGGCAGCUCGCGGAGUUAAAGAAAGCUAAUGAGUUCCUGAAGACCAAGGUCUCUGCAGACAUCACCAAGAAGAAGAUCAAUGCUCUUUCCAUGGAGCUCAUUGAGGCCAAAAAUAAACUGGAUGCCAAAGACAAGGAGCUGAGCUUCCUUCAGAUCAGCUCAGAGGGGAAAGUAAAGGUGUUGGAAACCGAUCUGGAGACUGCUCGAACAACUUUUAGAGUUCUUCAGGAAAGGAACAAAGAUCUUGAGGACCUCCAUCAGGAGACAAGAGUCCAAAAUGAGCAGCUUGAGAAUGAAAUGGAUAAGUUGCAAAGCACAAUCCAGGAGCUGAGAGAGGAAAUCAAAGCCCUGCAGAGUUACUUGGACUCAGCAAAUGAAGAGAUUCAGGAUUUGCGGAUUAAGCUCGAGGACAAAUCCACCGUGGAGCGCCGGUUCUCUGAUGCUCAAGAGAACCUCAGUGAUGUGGAGAAAAAGCUGGAGAAAUGUACCAGUGAGCUGCAGGACUGUCAGGGGGUGCUGAGAAUAAAGGAAGAGGAGCUGCAGAGGUCUCGGCAGGAGCUGCAGGACUCCCAGAAGACUCUAGAAGAGAAGGAGAGCGAGAUGAAGCAGCAUGUGCAGGACCUCCAGGCAUCGCAGGCCUCACUGAAAGAGCUAGAGCUGCAGAUGCAGCAGGGAGCUCAGGAUCUCGAGGAGUCCCGGAGCAUGGUACGGCUGCAGGAGCAGGAGCUGGCCCGCGUGAAGGAGGUCUUGAGGAGAACAGAGGAAGAGCUGGAUCAGCGUGUGGCACUUAUGGGCGAGCGAUGCUUGGUGCUGGAAGAUGAAAGAGCCAGGACACAGGAGGAGGGUCUUAGACGGGUACAAGAGUUAAAGGCAGAAAUCAGUUCAUUGGAGAAGAGUAGGAAGACUGAGAAAGAAACGCUGGAGGAGGAAUACAAUGCACUUACCAAACAGCUGCAAGAGGAAAAGACUCACAGCGGCUCCUUGGCUAGCAUGCUUGAGCGCCUGAGAGAUGAGACUGAAGCGGAGAGGAGACAGCUUGGCGAAGAGCUGGAGGACGCGCUCGAGGAGCUGUCAGAGCUGGAGAAGCAGGAGAAAUGCAGUGAGGAGGCCAUCCAGCACCUCACGCAGAAGAACCACACACUGGAAAAAGAGCUGAAGAACACUUGCGCAGAGUUAGAAAAGAAGUGUGUUGAGAUGCAGGCUUUAGAAGAGGCUCAUGGGAUGAAAAUCCAAAAACUAGAAGAGGAUCACAACAGCUGUCUUGCUAAGCUGGGAGACAUGACUACUGACUUUGAGAGCACAAGACGUUCUCUGGAUGAGCAGAAGGAGCAGGCAGAGGCUCAAGCCCAUCAGCUGCAGGAAAAGAUGAACCAACUGAAGCAACAGCUGCAGCAGGACCAGCAGAAACUCAUAAGCUACCAGGAAAUGAAGGAUAAACAGCAAAAGGAGCACGCUAGGAUGCUUUUAGAAGUUCAGACUAAGCUGGCUCAGAGAGAGGAAGAGCUGAAGCAAGCAGCAGAGACUCCGAGUGAGGAGCUGAGACGCCUGCAGGCGGAGGUGGAGCGGGAGAGAGGAGAGCGAGAGCGGGCUCAGACCCUGCUGGAGAGGGAACAGAAGAGGAGGCAGUCAGUGGAGGGCCGUUCUGCAGAAGCCAGCAUGCUGCGGGGCCACGUGGAAGAACUGGAAGAGAAGGUUUCUGAACUGAACAGGCAGGUGCAGGAGGAAAGAGACGCCGCUCAACGCCACGUUGUGGAGUGGCAGCAGGAGAGACGACAGCUAUGCAGACAGAUGGAAGAGGAAAGACAAGACUACCACAAACAACUAGCAGAGGCUCAGCUGCAGAGCACGUCUGAGGCUGAGACUCAACACUGGAGGAACUUGUAUGAAGAGCUUUAUGCUAAAGUAAAACCAUUUCAGGAACAGCUGGACUGCUUUGCGGCGGAGAGGAACGGUUUGUUGAAUGAGAAAGGAGCCACGCAGGCAGAGUUGAACAAGUUAGCCGAUGCCUACGCCAACCUGAUGGGUCAUCAAAACCAGAAACAGAAGAUCAAACACAUGGUCAAACUAAAAGAGGAGAACUUGGAACUCAAACAGGAAGUGUCCAAGCUAAAGGCACAGGUUGGGAAACAGAAACAAGAGCUGGAUCGGAUCAAAUCCAGUCAGGUGCUGCGGAGAUUCGACCCCAGCAAGGCUUUCAAACACGACCUCAAAGAAAAUCAGCAGCCCACCUCCGCUCUUACACAAGGCAACAGAAAUUAGCAUUAAACUAUGACUCAUGGACUACUUUUCUGUAAUGGCCUAUGGACAACCUGAACACUCUGACAGGAUAUUUCAGCACUCAAAUGUCCUGGCUUCCUCUGUGACAAUGAAGAUCUUACGUUUGUUUUAUUUUGUGUGUGAAUUUGUCAUUCAAUAUCAAUGUAUAAUUGACAACCCACUUUUUUAGAUGAUGGUUUUGAUUGACUACAGUGGUGUGAAAGUAUGCUUGUAUGGGCUUGGAUUCACUUAGAAUGUUCUGUUAUCUUGUUUUGUUCAGCAUCGGGGUGUGAUUAUUCUAAACUCUUUAAAAAGUUCAAAGUUAGCCCACUCUUUGUUUAAAAGUACCCAGCAAGCCUUAAGAUGAGCUGUUUUGUUUAAUUUGUUCCUCUUUGGUAUGAAAGUUUAGUUCUUGCAAUAUUCUUU